UCCAAUGCUGUAGGGCCCGCCUCCCUGUUCACCUCUCCUCGAGUUGAGGGCUCGCGGUUGAGCAGCGAACCAAAUAGCAGAGUUCCUCCGGAAAUUACCCCACUCUAAAAUUUAGAUGCAUCUUUACAACCUGACCCUGCAGCAGGCGACGGGCGCUGUUUGUGCGAUCAAUGGCAACUUCGCCGGCGGCAAAUCCCAAGAGAUCGUUGUUGCCCGUGGAAAGACAGACGACCUCAUCCGCCCUGACGAUUCCGGCAAGAUCCAGACCCUCCACUCCGUCGACGUCUUCGGCAUCAGAUCCCUCGCCCACUUCCGCCUCACCGGGUCCCACAAGGACUACAUCGUCGUGGGCUUCGACUCGGGCCGCAUCGUCAUCCUUGAGUACCAAAAAGGACAAGAAUGCUUCGACAAGAUCCAUCAGGAGACCUUCGGCAAGUCCGGCUGCCGCCCACGUCCCGGCCAGCAUCUGUCCGUUGAUCCCAAGGGCCGAACCGUCAUGAUUGCUGCCUGCGAGAAGCAGAAGCUCGUCUAUGUCCUCAACCGCGACACCGCCGCCCGCCUCACAUCCUCCCCCCUCGAAGCUCACGAGUCCCAGACCGUAACCUAUUCCAUCACCGGUGUCGACUGCGGCUUUGAAAACCCCAUCUUCGCUGCCAUCGAGCUCGACUACUCCGAGGCCGACCAGGACUCCACAGGUGUAUGUAAAUUAUCUACAGGUCAGGCUGCCGCCGUUGCUCAGAAGCACCUCGCAUUCUACGAGCUCGAUCUCGUCCUCAACCAUUUUCCCCGCAAGUGGACCGAGCCUAUCGACAAUGGGGCGAAUCUCCUUGUAACUGUCCCUGGAGGAGGAGAUGGACCCAGCGGCAUCCUCAUCUGUGCCGAGAACUUUGUCAUCUACAAGAACCAGGGACAUCCCGAUGUGCGUGCUGUCAUACCUCGGAGAGCCGAUCAUCCUGCAGAGCGUGGAGUUCUCAUAGUCUCUGCUGCCACCCAUCGUCAGAAGUCCAUGUUCUUUUUCCUCUUGCAGACCGAGUAUGGCGACAUCUUCAAGGCCACUCUCAUCCAUGAGGGCGACUGCGUCACUGAGCUCAAGAUUAAGUACUUUGAUACCAUCCCGGUCACCUCUGCCAUGUGCGUCCUCAAGAGUGGGUACCUAUUUGGCUCGGAAUUCGGAAACCAUGGGCUCUACCAGUUUCAGGCAAUUGGGGAUGGAGACGAUGUUGAGGCCUCCUCUGAGACUUUGAUGGAAACGGAGGAAGGCUUCCAGCCGGUCUUUUUCCAGCCACGAAGCUUGAAGAACCUUGUGAGGAUUGACCACAUUGCGAACCUCAUGCCUACCAUGGACAUGAGAAUCAUGAACUUUUUUAAGACACCUCAGAUAUUCAGUCUGUGUGGUCGGGGCCCUCGUUCCUCCCUUAUAUUGAGACCUGGGUUGUCUAUCAGCGAGAUGGCUGUGGAGAGGCUCCCUGCUGUGCCCAACACUGUGUGGACAGUGAAGAAAAAUGUGACUGAUGAGUUUGAUGCGUAUAUUGUUGUCUCCUUCCCCAAUGCUACCCUUGUCCUGUCGAUCGGUGAGACGGUUGAGGAAGUCAGUGACAGCGGGUUUCUUGACACCACGCCUUCACGUGCGGUUUCUUUGAUCGGGGAUGAUUCUCUGAUGCAGGUCCAUCCGAAUGGUAUUCGCCACAUCAGAGAAGAUGGUCGUAUUAACGAAUGGAAGACGCCCGGGAAGAAGACCAUUGCCACGGUUGGAUCCAACAGGCCUCAGGUUGUCAUUGCUCUCAGUGGAGGGGAGCUUAUAUACUUUGAGAUGGACAUGACAGGUCAGCUGAUGGAGGUGGAGAAGCAUGAGAUGCGGGAUGUGGUCUGCUUGGACAUUGCACCUGUUCCUGAAGGGAAGCAGAGGUCUCGUUUCCUUGCAGUUUGCUCCUAUGACAACACUAUCCGCAUUCUGUCGCUGGAUCCUGACGAUUGUAUGCAGGUUUUGAGUGUGCAGAGCGUGUCCUCACCUCCGGAAUCACUUCUCUUGCUUGAAGUGCAGGCUUCCACUGGGGGAGAGGACGGCGCCGAUCACCCUGCCAGUGUAUUUCUUAAUGCUGGUCUGCAAAAGGGUGUCCUGUUCAGAACUGUAGUGGAUAUGGUCACUGGACAGCUCUCCGAUACUCGUUCGCGUUUCUUGGGUUUGAGAGCCCCGAAGCUUUUUUCAGCGACGGUGGCGGGCAGACAGGCUAUGCUUUGUUUGUCAAGCCGUCCUUGGCUGGGGUAUAUACAUCAGGGGCAUUUUCUGUUAACUCCUCUUUCCUACGAAACACUUGAGUUUGCUGCCUCUUUCUCCUCCGACCAGUGUGCUGAGGGUGUAGUCGCAGUUGCUGGAGAUGCUUUGAGGGUAUUCACUAUUGAACGGCUGGGGGAAACAUUCAAUGAGACGGUAAUACCUUUGUGCUAUACUCCAAGGAAGUUUGUCCUCCAGCCCAAGAGGAAACUCUUAGUCAUCAUAGAGAGUGAUCAGGGAGCAUUCACCGCAGAAGAGCGCGAAUCUGCGAGAAAAGAGUGCUUGGAGGCUGCAGGUGUUGGUGAAAAUGGAAAUGCAAAUAAUGGUGAACAGAUGGAGAAUGGUGCUGAUGAUGAGGAGAAGGAAGAUCCUCUUUCUGAUGAGCAGUAUGGUUAUCCGAAGGCAGAAUCAGAUAAGUGGGCGUCUUGCAUCAGAGUUCUCGAUCCAAGGUCAGGAAACACUACUUGUUUGCUGGAGCUGCAGGACAAUGAGUCUGCUUUUAGCGCAUGUACUGUGAAUUUUCAUGAUAAGGAGCAUGGGACUCUACUUGCUGUGGGUACAGCAAAGGGGUUGCAGUUCUGGCCAAAGAUGACUUUUGUUGCUGGGUUUAUUCACAUAUACAGGUUUAUAGAAGAUGGAAAAUCCCUUGAAUUGCUGCAUAAGACACAGGUAGAGGGAAUUCCACUAGCCUUGUGUCAGUUUCAGGGAAGGCUUCUUGCUGGGAUUGGCCCAGUUCUCAGAUUGUAUGAUCUGGGGAAAAGGAGACUACUAAGGAAAUGUGAGAACAAACUCUUCCCAAAUACAAUUAUCUCUAUUCAGACAUACCGGGACAGGAUUUAUGUUGGUGACGUCCAAGAGUCAUUUCACUACUGCAAGUACAGAUGGGAUGAAAACCAACUUUACAUAUUCGCACACGAUUAUGUUCCCAGGUGGCUAACAGCAUCAUAUCAUAUAGAUUUUGACACAAUGGCUGGGGCAGACAAGUUUGGGAAUUUUUAUUUUGUACGACGGCCACAGGGUGUCUCGGAUGAGAUUGAAGAAGACCCAACUGGUGGGAAGAUAAAGUGGGAACAAGGGAAGUUGAAUGGCGCUCCCAACAAGGUGGAGGAGAUUGUUCAGUUCCAUGUUGGCGAUGUUGUCACGGCCUUGCAGAAGGCCUUAUUGAUACCUGGGGGUGGUGAGUGCAUCAUUUAUGGCACUGUUAUGUGCAGCUUAGGGGCAUUACUUGCAUUCACCUCUAGAGAAGAUGUUGAUUUCUUCUCUCAUUUGGAGAUGCACGUGAGGCAGGAACAUCCACCAUUAUGUGGCAGGGAUCACAUGGCUUACAGAUCCGCAUAUUUCCCAGUUAGGGAUGUGAUUGAUGGUGAUCUGUGUGAGCAAUUCCCUACAUUACCUCCUGAUUUGCAGAGGAAGAUUGCUGAUGAAUUGGAUAGAACUCCGGGGGAGAUUCUGAAGAAGUUGGAGGAUGCUAGAAAUAAGAUCAUCUGAGAAGCUGAGAGCAAAUCAUACCGUAUUGAUGUGCAAGCAAACAGGGAAAGGAUAUCUCCGGAAGCCUGCCUUCGUAACAAGUGAAGCUUUUUUGGUGUCAGUGGGUUCCAGUUUUCUUGGACAGCUACAGAAUGACCACCUAAUAAUUAUCAGAUGAAAAUGCAUGUACCAGCAAAGUUAUCUUUGGACAUGUUUCCCUCCAUCUUCUGAUCUUUCCUCUGUUUGAGUAGCAUCUGGAGUUAAAGGCCUUCAAGUGGAUUUUGUAUGCUGUCUAUUUCCUAACGAUAUAGUCGUUUGUUUCUAACUAGUUGGGUUCCUUCUGAAAUUGAUUCUUCCAGAACUGAUAAAUUGUUUAACCGUUUGUGGGAAACGAACCGCUAGGAUUGUCUCGUUUUAAGGUGGUGCUAUGCCCUUUUGUGUCCAUUGUUCUGGUAUGGCUCUCACGUUCGAUACCGGACGUCACGCCACGUGGUUAUUUAGCAGUCGAGACAGCCACCAAUAUUGGGCACUUAGGGGCUGUUUGGUUGUUGUUGGUAAAAUUGUGUAUUUAUGACACAACUUGGAAAGUUGUU